AUGACUCCCAUUCGCAGGGCACUCAUCUCGGGGUUUGGGGAUGCCUCCCAUGCCAAGAUCGUCACCGAGACGAUCGACGCUCCCGGGAAGAACGAGGUGCAGGUCGACGUCAUCUACUCAGGCUUCUCCGGCGCCGACAUCAACAUGCGUCUGGGCAUGUACCCGCAGCAGAAGACGGCGCCCCUAUAUCCGGGGUACUGCUUCGUUGGCCGCGUCGCCGUCAACGGUCGAAAGUCGAACAAAUUCCGACCAGGGCGACCUCGUGGGCGCCGUGACAGUGGACGAGUCGGAGGCAGACAAGAUCAACAUCGAGGAAAAGUAUCUCGUCGCCGUGCCCCCGAGCGUCGACACGCGCUCGGCGCUCGCGGCCGUGCUCGACUGGAACACGGCGUACGGUCUCGUGCACCGGGCCACGACGCUCGUGGGCCAGGGCAAGCGCAUAUUCAUCCACGGCCUCAGCGGCGCCGUGGGCUAUGCCACCCUGACGCUCUGCCUGCUCGAGGGGCGACGUCUACGGCACGGCGUCACUGCGCAACCACGAGGCGCUGCGCCGCCUGGGUGUCAUGCCGUUCGUGUACACGGACAAGGCGUGGAUGGGCGAGAUGCGGGGGCGCGGCGGCGCACACGUCGUGUACGACGCGCUCGGCUUCGAGAGCUAUGACGAGUCGUGGGAGAUUCUCGUGCGCGACGAGCCCAGUCGCCUCGUCGGUUUCGGCGGCAACCUCAACGCCGUACAGGCCGGCAGCGCCAAGCCGAGGUCGCAGCUACCGGGGACGCUCAAGCUCCUGGCCAAGAACGGGUGUCUGCGGACGAAAGCGCAGCGCGGGGUUCUACUACAUCGACCGCACCCGCGACACGUACGUGCCGGAUCUGCAGGCCGUCUUGCAGCUGCUGGCCGAAGGCAAGUUCAAAGUGCCGAUCAAGAAGAUCUGGGACCUCGACAACAUCAGAGAGCCGCACGAGCAGUGGACCAAGGUGACUGGCAUGGGCUCUUGCUUGAUCCGUGUCGACCAGAAUGCCUAG